UGGGUUUAGUAGCAGCUGCUUUGGUAGCUCGCCACAAUUAGAGUCCAAACCCCAACAACCAAGUUUUACUUCUCUCAUGGGCGACAAAUUCGGUCGACGGAAUCAAGUAAAGGAUUCUGUUGAAACGAGGCAUCAAAGUCAAUGGCAUGUCCGUCCUACAAAUGUAAAGUUGUUUCCAGUAGUCCUCGUCACGGCCGUCCAUAGAUCUUUCGAAGAUCACCUUCAGUGAAGAUGUUAUGUUUUCCCGCUGGGUUGAAAACACAGAGUCCUCAUCUUUUGGACGUCGGAAAGUUGUCAGGAAAAAGUGUCUACUCUGUUUGAGAACUUUGACUCGCGGGUCCGGACAACCAGAAGUCUCUGCGGGGUCCACCGAUUCGGUUGAAAGCAGGGGCAUGCCUCAAAUUGAAAGCGUUCGGACUGAGUCCAUGUGCCGCUAGACUGACCGGACUCGCAAUUCAGAAACAUCUUCCGACCCUUGACAUUCCAAGAUUAAUGUCAAUGCGGGUCUCUCAAACAACCCAGACGAACUCAUGCACGGGCGCUAUAAGAGCAGCGCUAUCGACUAUCGAAGACAACUCAAUCUCCCUCCCUCAGCUGCAAUCCGCGCUUGCAUCCACCCACCAGUUUCACAUCACUUCUGCCUUUCAACGUGGUGCAGACGCAAAGUACUCGGGGUUUUCAAAUCCAUUUGUAGUCGGCUGAAAUAUCACACACCAGAAUCUGGGCUCUGAUUUUCUGGACACUUGUUGGCACUUUCAAACUCGGGAGAAGAAUACAGCUGGGAUUGGAGUCGUGCAUAUCACAUUCGUGAAUUCGACUUUAACACGGAGAGUUUGUUGCCUUCCAUCGUGAGCAUGGCGGGAGCUCAAGGAAAGUUGAUCACAGUUAUGCUUCUUGCUGGUAUGAUGCAAUUUGCAUCUGCUGUAACGUACACCGUGGGCGAUGCUGUUGGCUGGACAUUUGUAGAGAGCGCAACAUUCUACGACGAUUGGGCCAAAACCCACACUUUCAGAGUCGGAGAUGAGCUCGAUUUCGUGUACAGCUUUCCGGCUCAUGAUGUUUUCCAAGUAAGUGAGACAGAUGUGGCAAGCUGCACGAAUGCAACCACCAUCCAGAAGUGGGAGGUCUCCAACGCGAAGGUCAUUCUCAACAGCGUUGGGUACCAUGGCUACAUCUGCUCACUUCCCAGCCACUGCAGCCCCGGAAACAUGAAGAUGAGUUUGCAAGUUGUUGCUGCAGACGAUACAGUUAGCGAGCAGUCUGCAGAUGCACCUGCAGUGCCACCAACUGCCGGUGAUACACCUGGAAACAGCGGCUUUACUCUACAAUCCGGAUCUGCUCUGAUGUUCGGAACCGUAGCAGCUGCUUUGGUAGCUCUCCUGAAUUAGACUCCAAAACCCAAAUGCCAUGUUCCCUCAUCUGCUUGAGACUAUUUUACGUUGUCAGCAGAAAAGUAUCAUCUCAGUCGUUUCAAUUCAAUUUUUUACGACACAUUUUGUACAAGUAAUAGCAUUGGGCCUGAGAUAAAACCCACACAUUUACAGCUCCUUUAGAACAAACGUAGUUUUGACAUGACCCUAUUUUAUCUCCCCUUGUACUUUAAAUCACUCCAUUUAAUUCUAUUGUUCCCAUAAAAAUAUGCACCCUUUU